ACGUCGUUGUGCUGGUAGUGUCGGUGCGUGGCCCCGCGUUCCUCUUUAUCCGUAUAUCAUUGACCCCUACGUUGUUCCGAAGAGAGCACGUGCACGUGAAGUUGUUUUAAAGAACAUUUUAAAGACAUUUGGUCUAGAUCUGCGUGGUCUCUUCUGUCCCAGCGGUUCUGGAUCCACCUGGAUGUUGAGUGCGCGGGCUCUGUUUGGGAUCAGCUUCCUCGUGACCUCCCGGGCCGCGGCUCAGACAUGUCCGCUGUCUGCUGCAGCUAACAACCACGAGAAGGACGGCUUCACUGGCAGAGCGGCAUCCCCCAUGGCCCAGACCAUCAAGUACCUCGGGCAGGAGGAAGCCCAGCACAUUGAUGAGGAGCUCUUUAGUGAGUACGGCUUCAGCGUGGACCAGCUGAUGGAGCUGGCUGGACUCAGCUGUGCCACAGCCAUCGGCCGGGCUUACCCCAUCACCUCCCUGGUCAAGGCCAGACCUUCUCUGCUGGUGAUCUGUGGACCUGGUAACAACGGCGGCGACGGCCUGGUCUGUGCACGACACCUCAAACUCUUCGGUUACGAGCCCACCGUCCUGUACCCGAAGAGGCCCAACAAGCCUCUGUUCCAGGGCCUGACCACGCAGUGCCAGAAGAUGGAGAUCCCCUUCCUGACCGAGAUGCCUGAGGCCGCGGUGAUCGACGAGGCGUACGACCUGGUGGUGGACGCCAUCUUCGGCUUCAGCUUCAAGGGCGCGGUGCGAGAGCCUUUUGGUUCCAUCCUGGACGUGUUGAAGAAGACGACGGCGCCCGUCGCCAGCAUCGACAUCCCCUCAGGGUGGGAUGUGGAGAAGGGCAGCGCGGAUGGACUGCAGCCCGACAUGCUCAUCUCCCUCACGGCUCCCAAGAAGUCCGCCCGCUUGUUCAGGGGGCGGUACCACUACCUGGGAGGCCGGUUUGUGCCCCCGGGCCUGGAGAGGAAGUACCAGCUCAACCUGCCUCAGUACCCGGGCCUGGACUGUGUGUUACGGCUGUGAGGGCUGAUGCACUAGGGGGGGGGGGGGAUGAGGAUGAGAGGAAGAGUGUCGUCUUUCAACACGAUGGGGGGGGGAAUAAUUCUCAUCCAGCUCUGGCGUGAGAGUAGUACGAGUCCAACCUUCUAUAUCAAAUACAAAUGUUGGGUAUUUGAUCCGUUCCCAUUCAGUGGAUGCAGGUGGCUCUGAAUCCAAUAUGGUGCAUACAAUAGAGCUUUAAUAAAUCUGAGGAUGAUUCUUUUGUUCGUGUGAAAGCGGCGGUUGGCCUCCGCUUCACAAAAUUAAAAACAAACAAAAAGAUGA